CCUCCCUUCCUGCCCUCCGGGCUCCUCCUCUCCAGCGGCAAAAACCUUCGCUCCCCCCGGGGCGCGGCCCCACUCUGUUUUGGCUCCGCGCUGGACAUGGAGCUUUUGCAGAGGAUCGAGGUGGACGGCCGGCUCUUCUACUGGGGGGCGGCGGCGGUCGCCUUGCUGGCCACGCUGCUGGCUGCCUCCUCUUCCCGUUUGCUUUUGGACUUCUUUCGGUCAUGGCGGGAGCUGCGGCUCAUCCCGGGGAUCAGCCCCUGCUACCCGCUCCUGGGCAACGUCCCACUGUUUGAACGCGACGGGGCAGCUUUCUUCAAGCAAAUAUUGUUUUAUCGUGACAGAUUUUGUGAUAUACCACUACUGAAGUUGUGGAUAGGACCAUUGCCAAUUCUGCUCUUGUUUCAUGCAGAAAGCAUAGAGGUGGUUUUGAACAGCUCAAAGCAUAUCGAGAAACCCUAUUUUUACAAGUUUCUCCACCCUUGGCUGGGAACGGGACUUCUUACAAGUUCUGGAAGAAAAUGGCGGACCAGAAGAAAGAUGUUAACGCCAACCUUCCAUUUUAGCAUCUUAACAGACUUCUUAGAAGUGAUGAAUGAACAAGCCAAUAUCCUUGUUAAGAAACUUGAAAAACAUGUGGACAAAGAGCCGUUUGACUGCUCAUUAUUCAUAUCUCUGUGCACACUUGAUAUUAUCUGUGAAACAGCUAUGGGAAAGAAAAUAGGUGCUCAGAGUAAUAAGGACUCAGAAUAUGUUAAAUCUGUCCUCACGAUGGGUGAUUUGAUUGAUCACAGAAUAAAAAGUCCCUGGCUUUGGCAUGAUCGUUUGUAUCUCCUGUUCAGAGAAGGAAGAGAGCAUCACAGAAGGCUGAAGAUCCUUCACAGUUUUACUGAUAGUGUUAUUGCAGAAAGAGCUCAAGAACUAGAAAUUAAGGAGCGACAUCAAAAUGAUACAGUUACCACUGAAGAGUUAGAUGGGUGGAAAGUACGGAGAGCUUUCCUUGAUAUCCUUCUUAAUGCCACUGACGAUGAUGGGAAGAAGUUCAGCCAUCGGGACAUUCAAGAGGAAGUGGACACAUUCAUGUUUGAGGGCCAUGAUACUACUGCUGCUGCCUUGACCUGGUCUAUCUACUCAAUUGCAUGCCACCCAGAAGUGCAAAGAAAAAUUCACCAUGAACUGGAUGAAGUUUUUGGUGACUCUAACCGUCACAUCACCUCAGACGAUUUGAAGAAACUACACUAUCUGGAAUGUGUUAUAAAAGAAGCCCUCCGCAUGUUCCCUUCCGUUCCAUAUUUUGGUCGUACAUUAGUUGAAUCCUGCUAUAUUAGAGGAUUUAAGAUACCAAAGGGGACAGAUAUUGUCAUUUCUCCUUGUGCACUGCACCGAGAUCCUGAAUUCUUCCCAGAGCCUGAAAAAUUCCAACCAGAGCGGUUUUCCAUAGAGAACUCAUCUGGGCGGCAUCCAUUUGCAUACUUGCCUUUCUCUGCGGGGCCCAGAAACUGCAUUGGUCAGCGCUUUGCACAGAUGGAAGAAAAGACUGUUUUAGCCACCAUCCUGCGGAACUUCUGGGUGGAAACCCCACAGAAUUAUGGAGAUAUUGAACCUUCCACAGAACUUAUUCUUCGUCCAAACAGCAGUGUCUGGAUUCAGUUAAAAAGGAGACAUGCUUCCAUUUCUGAAUCUAAAGAAUUAUAGCUCUUCAAGCUUGCUAAUUUUAAAAAAAACAAAUUAAAAUGAAAGCAGCUAAAUGCCAGAAGCUGAAACUUUCUUCAGGUUUUGGGAAUGUUCAAGAUGACUACUGAAUGAUUAAUUUUUAUCCUUAAAUCUGAGUGGAUGGCUGAUUUUUUUUUUCUUCAGCAUAGCUGGUUUUAUUUUUAAUGAACAGUUUAUUUCUAUGUUUUUUGAGAACUAGAACGAGAAACUAUACACACACACAUAAAUUAUGAUUUUAAUUUGUAAUUAAAAACACUGUCAGUUGUGUUUGAUGCAUGAGAUCCAUAGAAAUGAACAGCAAAAUGCCCUUCUGUGUAGAUUCAUGUAUCUCUGCAGCAUCAUAGUUGCUGCUGAAACCCACUGUAGUAUGUUGUACGUUGUUAGUCUCUGCCAACAACCUGCAACAUGUUUACCACAGUUCUCAAUCUCUGUCAUAUGGCAUGGUUCUAGGCAGUUUCAGUGGUGUUCAGUAAAGGUGCAACCAUGGGAUGUUCCAUGUGGAGCAACAUUAUAAACAAUGCAUACAUUUCUGUAGUGUUGCAGAUUAACCCAUGCUACUUCAAGGCACUUUUGGGAGUCUGCUGUGCCAUUGCAGGGAUGUGUGAAAUGGGACUCAUAAAGAAGGAGUUAGGGUGAGGGUUCUGUUUCUACUUGGCUCAUGAAUUAAUAUAGGA